UUCUUCCGGUUGACCAGAGGGGCGCUGUGGCGCUGUCCACGGCCGACUGAUUCGAGCCGACGACCUGAUAGCCUUCACCAAACAAUUAAGAGAUAUUUCUGUUAGCGUCGUUUCAAGAAAUAUCCUUUAAUUGUAAGGUGAAGGUUAUCAUUCUUCAUCCCAUAAAGAGAACAACGUCAAAAAAAAAGUAUGCGGGAACAUUUCUGCAAGAAACGUGACUUGAGUCCCAUUUACGCGUUUUUUCAACAACGGAGAUGAAUAAUUCAUUCCGUGAGCUGCCGGAUUCGUUCAAACGACUCGCAUUAUCCGCGUAACGGUGUACCUAACGUGUAAAUGCGCAUACGCCAUAGUAUAGAAAUUCGUCGCUAGUCAGUCAUUCACCGUUCACAGUCAUUCGGUCUCAAUCACCCACUUGUUUUCCAUCGUUCCGUGGUUGCUACAGAGUCCGUUUCUUUUCUUUUUUAGGGUGCUAAGCAGGUUCUGUAGAGAGUACCGGCAAAAUAUCCUCCGAUGAACGAAGCGCCCGCGGUCGCCCUUCUCACUUCUGGAGUCGCUGUCAGCGCGGAGAACUUCUGUGGAGAAUCUGAACCGUCCGUAUCAGCAACUUUUCUUUCCCUCCAGCGACCCCGAGUUUAAACCCAUCUGGGGUUUGCGCGUCUCGUUUGAAAAAGCAUAGUUUAGCACUGAAUGUGUGAGGAGAUUCCCCUUCCCGGUGGCCGGCCGAACUUCACGCGCUCAGGGCUGCGCUAGACCUCCCGCCGCCACUCCGCCGUGGCGACUCUCUCCGGCGAGCGCAGAUUUAAUUUCUCCUUGGUUUUACCGUACCGUUCCGAUCUUUCGAUUCUUCGGUCACGUGGUGGAGCGAAACGCGAAAGACUGCAAGCUCUGAGAGAGAGAGAGAGAGAGAGAGAGAGAGUGAGUGAGCGAGGAAGAGAGAGAGAGAGAGAGAGAGAGAGAGAGAGAGAGGGGUCUCUCUGCGCUGCAGUUAGCAGUAUCCAAACCACACUGAGAGCUGGAGCGCGCGGACCCGUUGCUUUGCCUCUGACCGUGGUACCCCCGUCGUUUCCCUCGCUCUCCUACCCCUCCUUUUCUGCUUUCCUUCCCUCGAGAGCUUCUUUUUCUCCCCGCGAACAUCCUUUCUCACUUUCAAUUUUAAUAGAUCUCGGAGAAAGAUAGAAGUGACGCAUCCUUGAUCUCCUCCACAGCGGUCGUUCGCGCGCACGCUCUUUUUCUCUCUGGAACUGGAUUUUUUGAAACGACGUGGACGCGUGGAUGAUACACCGGGGCGAGAACUGGAGAUGGAGUUGCUCGUGAUCAGCCUCUCCUUAUGGAUCCUGCAGUGCCGCUCAGCUCGCGCGGACUCCAUUAUACACAUCGGAGCUAUUUUUGAACAGAACGCCAUACGGGACGACGAGGUUUUUCAGCUUGCCAUUUCAGACCUGAGUUUGAAUGACGACAUCCUCCAGAGCGAGAGGAUUACCCAUUCUAUCAAACUUAUCGAGCCCAACAACCCCUUCCAGGCUGUACAGGAAGCCUGUGAGCUCAUGAAUCAGGGGAUACUGGCUUUGGUGUCGUCGACGGGAUGUGCUGCAGCAAAUGCGCUGCAGUCUCUCACGGAUGCCAUGCACAUUCCUCACCUGUUCAUUCAGAGGAACGGAGACGGUACGCCCCGCGCCGAGUGCCAACUCAAUCCCAGCCCUGACGGAGAGCGCUACACGCUGGCCGCCCGCCCUCCCGUGCGUCUGAAUGAUGUCAUGAUCACGCUCGUCUCUGAGCUCCGCUGGCACAAGUUCAUCGUUUUCUAUGACAGCGAGUACGAUGUGCGGGGACUGCGUGGGUUUCUGGACCAGGCGUCUCGAAUGGGUUUGGACGUCUCUCUGCAGCAGGUUGACCGGAAUGUGACAAAGGUUUUUUCCACUCUGUUCAGCACAAUGAGGAUGGAGGAGCUGAACCGUUACCGGGACACGCUCAGACGGGCCAUCCUGUUGCUCAGUCCCCGGACUGCCCAGGUCUUCAUACACCAGGCAGUGGAAACAAAUCUAGCAUCCAAAGAUAGUCACUGGGUGUACGCCAAUGAGGAGGUUAGUGACACGGAGAUCAUGGAGCUUGUCCACAGCGCUCUGGGCCGGAUGACAGUGAUCCGGCAGAUCUUCCCCCUGUGGAGGGAUACCAACAUCCGCUGCAUGAGGAACAACCAUCGCAUCUCCUCGCUGCUUUGCGACCCACAGGAAGGUUACCUGCAGUCUCUAGAGGUGUCUAGCCUGUACUUGUACGACAGUGUGCUGAUGUUGGCCAACGCCUUCUACCGGAAGUUAGAGGACAGGAAGUGGCAUAGCAUGGCCAGUCUGAACUGCAUGAGGAAGUCAACCAAACCCUGGAAUGGAGGCUGGUCUAUGCUAGACACAAUCCAAAAGGGGCGGAUUUCUGGCCUCACUGGUUUAAUGGACUUCCGAAGCAAUGGAGCGAACUCUCAUGUCCAGUUUGAGAUCCUGGGGACCAGUUACAGUGAGACGUUUGGAAAAGAUGUAAAGAGGCUGGCAACGUGGGACUCUGAUCGUGGGCUGAAUGGCAGUCUGAGGGAGAACCGGGCUGAGCAUGGCAUGCAAGGAAUUACUUUGAAAGUGGUGACCUUGCUGGAGGAGCCGUUCGUGAUGGUGGCAGAAAACAUUCUAGGCCAGCCCAAAAGAUAUAAGGGAUUUUCCAUAGAUGUUCUAGACGCCCUGGCCAAAAUUCUGGGCUUUAAGUAUGAAAUGUAUCAAGUGGCUGAUGGGAAAUAUGGUUCUCCUCAAGCCAACGGGUCUUGGAACGGAAUGAUUGGAGAACUGAUUGGGAAGAGAGCAGAUGUGGCUAUUUCAGCCAUCACCAUCACUCCUGAGCGUGAGAAUGUGGUGGACUUCAGUAAACGCUAUCUGGAUUAUUCUGUGGGAAUCCUGAUGACUAAAACAGAAGAGAGACUCAACAUCUUCUCCUUGCUGGCUCCCUUUGACCUGGCUGUGUGGGCCUGCAUUGCUGCUGCCAUUCCUGUGGUGGGUGUCAUGGUCUUUCUGCUCAGACGUGUUCAGUCUGUCCGCUCCCAGAAUCCUCCUGGGCCCCACCAGCCUGCUUCUGUCACAACGUCCUUUCAAAGUGCCAUCUGGAUCGUCUAUGGAGCCUUUGUGCAGCAAGGUGGUGAAUCCUUUAUGAGUUCAAUGGCUCUCAGGAUUGCAAUGGGAAGCUGGUGGCUAUUUACCCUCAUUGUCUGCUCGUCCUACACAGCCAACCUGGCAGCCUACCUCACCGUAUCCCGCAUGGACAACGCUGUUCGAACAUUUCAAGACCUUUCCAAGCAGACAGAGCUGAGCUACGGAACGGUGAGAGACUCUGCUGUGUUCCAGUAUUUCAGGGUGAAGGGCACGAACCCCUUGGAGCAAGACAGCACUUUCGCCGAGCUGUGGAGAACUAUCAAUAAAAAUCAGGGACAGGACAACUCUGUGACCUCUCCUGCUGAAGGCAUCCGCAAGGUGAAGCGGGAUCCGUAUGCCUUCCUGUGGGACAUGGCAGUGUUAGAGUAUGCCGCUCUGACAGAUGAUGAUUGUACGCUGGUGGUCACAGGAAACAGCAUGAGCAGCAAAGGAUAUGGCCUGGCUCUGCAGCACGGCAGCCCCUACAGAGAUCUCUUCUCGCAGAAGAUCCUUGACCUGCAGGAGAAAGGAGACCUUGACAUACUAAAGCAGAAGUGGUGGCCACGCAAAGGUCGUUGCGACCUGGACAAGCACGCGGAGCCCCAGCCGGAGGGCCGUGCCCUGAGACUGCACAGCUUUGCUGGGGUCUUUUGCAUCCUAGCGGCAGGGCUGCUCCUGGCCUGCCUGGUGGCCGCUCUGGAGUCAUGGUGGAACGGGCCACGCUGUCAGCGGGCACAGCCCAAAGAGGACACUAAGGGCUGCACUCUGGAGAUGGCGUCUGGGUCAUUGGCAUAUAAUGAAAUUGCAACUGCUGCAGGAUGCGCACGGGACGUUUGGCCAGAGAGAGAAAGAGACUGGGAAGACACGCAGGCUUUUUACACAGGACAAAGAGGUGAAUCUGGAGCAGGUUCACCAGCGUUUGAGUGGGCUGAUGGAGGACGAUCUGGCGCACAAGCAGCUGCCGGGUCAGUCUCUGGAGAUCUCUGCCCUGGACAUGGGCAGCAUGCGUCCACAGCAGAGCUCCCAGGAAGUCAUGAGAGAUUUCCCCCCUGGGGGCCUGUCCGUGACUUCCUUCCUCCAGGAGGGUCCUGGGGUCGGCCGCGUGCCCGGACGGAGCCUUCCCCUCCCUCUCAGCAGUUCCACUCUGCCACCCUCCAUGCGCUGCAAACACCGGGCGCCCAACGGAGGCCUUUUCCGCCAGAGCCCCGUAAAGACACCUAUGCCCAUCUCUUACCAGGCAGUGCCCGGGGGACCCAUCCCAGAAGCCAUUGAUCCAAGCCAUGGGACCUCUAUUUGAGACGAGCGGUCUGAGCGUUCUAAAGACUUCUUGCCAAGCAGCCAAUCACAAAAACCGUGUUUGGACCAGGUCUGGUUGCAUUUAUACAAUUACAUACAUACAAACAGCUAUGGAGAUCUCUCUUUUUUUCAGUACAGAUACAUACGACUGUGAGACGCUGACUUUCCUUGCCUGUACAUAUUUGUAUAUAACGAGAGACAGCAGUGAAGUCAAAGUGUAUUUUGAAUAUUCAUGAUUUUUUUGAAGUUGAGUUUAAAAGAAGUAAUUACCUACAAUACAGACUGUUUGAAUGGCUUUGUAAAUUUUGUUCUAAAAUAAAAAUGAGAAUUCCUUGUGGAUGUUUUCUAAGUGCCACGUUUAAAGAUUUUUAUUUGAAGGAGAAGAGACGGGGAGAAAACAAGUGAAAGAGAAACAAUCUGUAAAUCUUUUGAUCUACUAAUUUUUUUGUUUAAUAUAAAAAGCUUUAAAGAGAAAUGAAUCAAAGAAACCGCAGGUUUGUGGAGGCACCGCUCACGUAACAUUUGAUCCCAGGGAACAAAGUUUUAGUAGCAGCUCUUCAUCAUAUAAUCUCAGUGUGUAUGGCAAAAUCAUCUGUAGAACAACAUACACAACACUCGCCUUUAAUAUCAAAUACAUUAUAAAAAAGACAUAUGUACAUUAUAUGUACCUGAAAUUCUGCGUACUCAUAUGUAAUGGCUGCAUUUGAGUCUUUUUAAAGUGUACUCUGAAUAGAGAGCAAAAUAUAAACAUAUCAAUAUUAACUAUGUUGUAGAAAAUUAAAUUUAUCUUGUUCCUGAAACCAGUAGUGAUUUUAACAUGUUGGAAGAAAAUCACCAUGGUGUUUGAGAUUCUUUUGGUUAUAAAAUAAACUCUUUUGCAUCAAAUCUU